GAUGGAAUUGACAAAAAAAUAAUCACAUUUUAACAAUAAAAAAAAAACCCUAAAACAAGAAGAUUCAGUAGCAAAGUGAAAUCGAAGAAGAAAAUGCAGGCGUGGUUGCUUUGCCCUUGUAUCAGAUACAAGUUCGAAUCGCACUGAUCUCAACAACGCCGAAGUUCGUUCUCGUAGCAAGAAGAAACAAACUCCAUCAGGAGUUACCAUAUUGAUAAUUUUCUAGCAUUAUGGGUGAAUUUACUAUUCAGAUUAGCAAUGACCUUGUUAAUAAGCUUGUUGAUGAUCCGGUAGUAAAGAAGAAAACUAGAAGGGUCAAGCGUAAGGUGGCAAGAGAGACUGAAAAGCCCCAGCAGGCAGCAGUAGAAGCCGAGAUUGCACCUUCUCCAGUAUGGCCAGUGCAGCCCCCUUUGUUUGUACCUGCUACAUUGCCUGUACACCCUUCCCAGGCAGAGUUAGAAGGCAUUCGGUCUGUGCUUCAGGAAAGCGAGAAGGUUUUGGAAAGAUUGCAAAAGCAAGAGGAGCAGUUGUUGCAGGAAGUAACCCAAAAGGCAAAUGAUCUGCAUGAGAAAGAGUAUAAGCUUCCAGAGCCAAAGCCUGAGCGUUGCAUGGCUGAGAGGCUUGCUUCGGUAGCAUGUUACAAGGAACAUAUCAAGGACCCUUUGAAGUGUGCUGGUUUUGUUAACAAUUUUGCAGAUUGCUUACGUAGGCUUGGUCCUUUAGGUGGCAAAUAAGUUAUACUGAGAAGUCGUUACAAAGAAAUUCAUAUGAAUGAAAUGCAAAUAAACUUGUAAACUACAUCCUGACAAAUAUUUUCUUGCUGCCCAUUUUUGUGUAACAUUUCGGUCUCAACAUUGAACUGUUUUCUAGUUCAAUGCAAGUGACAUUGUCUGUUUGGAAUUUGAACAUUCUCUUA